UUUGAGAUGGGUUGGCUGAGGAGUAAGAAGAAGAACAAGAAGCCAACAGAAUCCGAGAUAUUAGCGAACAAGAGAGGGACGAAGUUGUUAGAAGAGCUGAUAGAAUGUUACGAUGGCAAAUCCAAUCCCAUCAAAUUCUUCUCUACUGAUGAGAUCCUCAAUGCCACCAACAGUUUCAGCGGAUCUAAUCGUCUAUCCGAAUUAGAUGGUUAUGGCUGCUACCACUGGACAGACUGGUAUUCAGGUAAGAACGAGAACCACCCCAGAAUACUUGUCAAGAAAUUAUAUAGAUACGCGGAUGGAACCUUUAUCCGGGACAUAGCAGUAUCAUCGAUGGUGAGUGGUCACAAUAACUUUAUGAAAUUGGUUGGAUGUUGUCUUCAGUCUAAAAAUCCAGUCAUGGUAUAUGAUGGUGUAAAGAAACAUUAUCAAAUAGAUAUAAGGAGAGAGACGUGGAAAAGGAGAAUGAAGAUAGCUGAGGAUAUCGCCACGGCUUUAGCUUACCUUCACACUGCCUUCCCUAGGCCAUUCGUAUAUAGGAGUAUAUGUCGUGAGAAUAUCUUAGUGGAUGAAGAUGGUGUCGCGAAGCUAACUGAUUUCUCUUACUGCGUCUCAAUUCCACAAGGAGAAACAUUUGUACAGGUUGAAAAAGUGGCGGGAAUAAAUGGUUACAUGGAUGAUAAAUACAUGAGAAACCGCCUAGUGUCGGAGGAAACAGAUAUCUUUGCCAUUGGAAUAUUAAUGUUAAAGUUUCUAACGGGAAAAGAAAUAUUAUGGAUUUAUGAUGAUGAUGAAGAAGUAGAAGCUGAAGAUGAAGGGUAUGAUGAUGAUAAUAACUCUUAUCACUCUGCAGCCAUGUCGGAUAUCAAUGAUCUAAGAAGACAAUUUUCAGAAGAAACUGAAAGUGAAGAAGAAGGAGAAGCUGUUGGUGAAGAGGAUAAUCAUGAUGACUCUGGAACCAUGUUGAGGCCGGCUAAUCCAUCUUUUUUUAAACAGUUCAAAUUCAUUGAAGAGCGAAGAAUGGAUGAAGUCACAGAUCAAGAAAUGCUAGAAAAGAUGGGUGAAAUUUCAGAAGAAGAGCUUUCUCAAAUGGAAGCUUUCAAAAUGCUCUCACUGAGAUGCGUCGGUCAUAAAGGGGAAAUUCCAACGAUGGUGGAAGUGACCAACGAACUAAAGAAGAUACAAAACAUCUCUUCUUCUCCUAUAGGUGAAACCACCCAAUUCAACUCUCCCCAAGACGUUUCUUCCUCUUCCUAA